CAAACUGAAACAGCUUUGAGCAGUUCAACAGUGGCGCGUGCUUCCGUCCCAAGAUCAGCUGACACGAGCAUGCGGAAGAAGUAAAUUAGAAACGUUAAGUUCACACGGAGUCUAGUUUAAAAGUACAUUUAAAAAACAAAGCAAACAUUUCAGUCCCAGGAGCAGAACAUACUGGGGAUUUGUGGUUGUCGCCCUUCAUUGCUUGAUUUUGUUUUUUGCGAACUGUCAUUUGGCUACAAUGGCAUACAACGAGUCAAUGGUUGUAGUGAAUGGAAGUCAGGUUUCCUGCAUUGGGCAUGAUUGGGAAGAUAUUCCAGAUUUUCUUGGAGGGAAAUAUGGAGAUUUGGCAAGAAGAUUAGAUCUCAGCUUCAAUUGUUUAAGGUCACUGGCAGGCCUGAAAGCAUUCACCCAACUGGAAGAGCUGAUUGUGGACAACAAUCUUCUAGGAAAUGACCUCUGGUUGCCAGGGUUACCGCACCUCCAUACCCUGACACUCAAUAAGAACCAAAUCACUGACAUCGAGGGCCUGCUGGAGCAUUUGGUGGAAGUGACGCCAGCCCUGGAAUACCUGAGCCUUCUGGGAAAUGAGGCUUGCCCCAACCAGCUGGUCAGCAUGGAUAAAGACGAGGACGAUUAUCAGAGAUACAGGUACUUUGUACUACAUAAACUGACAAAUCUGAAGUUUCUGGACACCAGGAGAGUGACCCAGUCGGAGCGGUUAGAGGCUGAAGCACGUGGAGCUUUCAUGAAGGUGGUCAAGCCGAAAAAUGACCAAGAUGGCGGCAGUGAUCCGAAGUGUGAAUCCACCAGCACGCUCUACACCCCUCUACCACGAGGAUCCAGAGAUGCCAGAAACCACAAAGGGGUUUUCACCAAGUGCCGUUAUGUCUACUACGGCAAGCACUCAGAGGGCAAUCGAUUCAUCCGCAAUGACCAGCUCUGAUGGACAGACGGGUCAAUGGACAGACACGCAUGGGGGCUUUAAAAAGAUCUGCCGCAUAUUAUUAUAAAUAUACAUGUUGCCACAUUUUAAGUAGCCAAACACAGCCCUCUAGUGCCGUCUGCUGAGUGUACCUUCCCUGCCACUUCCCAUCGCUCUCGCUCCGUCUGAGCACUGCCAUCCACAUUGACAUGAUUGCCUUUAAGCAGCCCCGCUGUUCCACGGUGACAGACACACACCAAGUGCUCGUCCUGACAGCUGCCGCUCCAUGAUGGAUUGCCUGGUCCAAUUGCUGCUCUCCUCGGGUCAAAGGUCCCACCUGAGGCUGCAGUCUGCCCACACGGAGGCACAGGAUGAGCUCCUUUCAAAGUCAAAGCUAAAGUUAAAGAGAAACAUUGGGAGAAAGUGUGGCUUUUGUUUUAGUUUGACACUUUAUCCAUUAUUAAAAGAUUACUUUAAUACUUUACUGGCCCCAAAAAGUAUUUGGACACUUAUAAAUGAAUUUGCAUUGCAUUAUAAUUUAUAAUUAUAUAUAAAAAUAUAAUUGCAGCCUUUGCAUUAUAUAGCCAAAUAUCUCAACCAGAUGGCAUGUAUUUGAAUGAAAUAUAGCACAAAAACACUUUUUUAAGCAAACCAUUUGUCAAAAAAAGUAAAAAAAAAAAAAAAAGGUUUUGAUAAUAAAACAAUAGAGAUAUUGUUUAAAAUUGAUAUUUUGAUAAAUAAUCAAUAAAAAAUAUUUGAUAAAUAUUUUGCCAAACUUAAUAGAACAUAUACGUAAUGUGAUGAACUACACCUGUGGUUACUCUGCUAGGACACCUGUGUGAACUUGAGGGGAAUUAACAUCACACAUCCACUAAAAAUCAGCUGGAGACCAGUUUGUUAUAUUUAAUUGUAAACAUGUCUAGAAAAGUGUUAGAUACAGAUGUUAGAAGAGGAAAAAGUUAGAAAAGGGUUGAAGUUAGAUUUGUUAUGUAAUCUGAUAAAAAAAAAUAAUUAAAAAUUUUAAAUGAAAGUUAAAAGAAUUCAGAAGUGUCCAGAUAUUUUUGGAGGCCAGUGGGCCACUGUAAUAUCAAAUUGAGUCACAAUUAAAACAUAAACGCUAAGUAAAAUAAACCCAUAAGAUUAAGCUCAGGACUAUUACACAUGAUAAUGUAUUUAAUUGCAUUUUAUUCUAAAAUUUUUUUUUUUUUUUUUUUUUAUUACAAAAAUUCCUGCCUGUUAAUUAGUACAAAUCGUUUCUUUCAAAUAUCUAUUAUUUUUUUCUUUUUUCUUUUAUUUUACAUGUAUGCUUAAACGAUUAGAAUCUCUAUUGACUGUUUUCAGUGAUUGUUUUCCGAAAUGUAGCUGAGAGGCACUUCCAGGCUCUGUGCCAUGUGUGCUGUAUGUUUGCAUGUGUGUGAUGUGCAUGUGCAUGUCGUGUGUGAAGUUUGUGUGUUGCGGGGGCAGUUGUUGCAGUGCAGGAGCCUGGAGGAGCUGUGAAAGAGAGAGGUAAUGAGCUUUGCUUUAUUUCACUCUUUCUCUGGAGGAAGAGAGCAAAGAAAGACAGCAGCUCUGCCAGUGAAAUGGAGGACGACGAUGACGUGUGUACUGUUUGUAUCGGGAAAGUCAACAACUUUCUGUCUUUUUGAUUGUUUCCUCUUUAGUUUUGGACCUUUUCACAAUAUAAUGACUUCCUCUUUCUUUUUUUUUUUUUUUCAGAAAAUCUAUAUACAAACAGCGUUUUCAAAAUUGCAUGUUAUAAACAGUGUAUUGUAUACUGGAAUUAUUGUAUAUGUAGUACUGCACUAUAACUGAUCAUGAAAUGUUGAUUUUGUUGUUGAUUAAAUGUCUUAAUAAAGCAAUAAAGUGAUUUGAACAAAUUUGAACAUCUGAUCUAUU